GCCAAUCCGUUAUAAACAAAUAGCCUCCUCUCUCACGACCAAGAAGCCUCACUCCGCACUCCUCCCACUCUUAUGUUGCCCAAUUGUAAAUGACCAAACUGCCCUUCCUGCCUACCUUUUGUUACAUUCUUUUAGCCUUCUGAAUCGUUGUUUUCCUUGCAUUGGUGGCUGUGAUCGGUGAAACCCAUUAGAAUUUUGAUUAUUAAAAGGAAUUGGAAUCUGGAAUUUGGAAUUUGGGGCCUUUGAUGAGCUAGAGCUUCUGGGGUAUUGAUUACCAGUUCGUUGGAGUUUUUUUUUCUCACCUAUUUUUCCCUUUUGAGGCGCUUCUGUGAUUCUCUUCCUUGAUGUGAGGUUUAUGAGGAAUUCAAUUUCUCUUCUUGUUUUUUUUAAACCAAUAUUUAUUCAUUGUAUCUUUUUUUAGUGUUUCUGGUAAAUAAACAAUCCCUCAUGUAGUUUAUUUCAUUUAUUUGGCUCACUGAUUGUGUAUUCAGUUUACUAUGAGAUAUUGAUAUGAUGAUUUAGGAGUGGCUGAGAGCUUAGAUUUUUUUCGGCAAUUGAUUUCAUUUGUGGGUAUUAAGUUUAGAGUGGUUUGAUGGAGUGGAGGAGGUUUUAUUGAUUUUUUUUUUCUGCCUUGAGAUUUUUCAUUUUCGAAUUGGAAGUUGUCAUUCUGUUAGCUGUUCCUCAGUGUGUGAUCAUGUCUGGUGGUUCACCUGUUGGCGGUGGAUAUAUGAGGCAGAGACAUAGCCCAGGCUAUGCUUCUGGUGGUGAUGAUCUUGAGGAUGAUGCAUGCUCAAGGCCACAGCCCUUUACGCCUCUUAGCCCCCGAGAACGGUCAUGGGUUGAGAUUGUGGAGAAUGUGCUUUGGAUUGCUUCCGCAAUUUUCAUUGUUUACUUUGGUGAUAGACACUCCAAUUUGAUUUAUCUCUUGUGGCACGACGAACGAAUAAGAAGAUUACCCUUGUAUCUUGGGAUGAUAGGUGCUGGGUUGAAUGUCAUCAUAUUCUUAUAUACAAGUAUGUUUGCAUGGAGUGUCAGGAGGUUUGAUGAAAAAUGGGAGCUAUCAAGUUUAUCUGCUUUGCCAUUUGUUACCCUGUUGGGACUCGUCUCUUUUUGCUUGUUUGCCUUUGCUUUAUGGCCGAUAUGGAGUUUCUUGACCCUUCCUCUUCUGUUCACACUAUUUAUGGCUUGCAUGGUUAUCUUUCCCCAUAUCAUGAUUGUAACAUUCCGGCAGCCAAAUGAUACAUUCCGUAUAGAUUAAGACUUCCGAGCACUGACGUAGAUGAAGAUUUUCUAACUCGAAUACAAUGCCUGCAAUACGAUUCCUUCCUAGUUUUGUCAUCCUGGUGCGAACAACUAAAGCUGAGUGUCCUUCAAUUGGUCAGUAUUCAUUUCUCAGCUUGAUACACAAAAUUUUAUGGCCUACGGUUAGUAUCACAGAAUUGGCAUUACCAGUGAGAUUCUGUGAGGUAUCAGUAGUCAUCCCAUAUUGUUCCAAAUUUUGUCAUGCAGUGUUAGCUUUGGUCUAGUAAUUGGUUCAUCUUUGGUUUAUGGAGGUGGUGUGGUGAUUUAUAGUAGAGGGAUUGAAUGUUAAUACCAUUUUAGCCAAUUGGAAUCAUUUUUUGCUUCCAGCUUAA